AUGUCGACGUCGAUUUUCAGCUCGUUCGAGGCGCUUUUUGCCUUGACUUUGUUCGGCCGGAAAAUCAGCUGUUUCAGGGGCCCGGCGCCUUGUGGUGAAGCUGAUGAUAAUCAAGGUUCGGAGGUGAAAAUUGGUGGCAUGGAGAAGGGCAAAGAGGUAAAUGCGUCCCCUUCGAAGCCGGAGGAUCGCCGGAGGGUUAUGACGGCGAGGUUUGCACCGGAGCUCGAUGGGGUCUACUGUUUCGAGACUAUUGUUCAUUGUUGA